AUGGCCAAGGCCGCGAGGACGAAAGCGGCGCCAAAGCGUAAAGUUGAGAGCGCCAAACCUGCUGCGAGCCCGAAGCGGCGAGUGACGAUGGAAGGCGGGUCCAAGCCCGCGGCGACGACCGUGCGAACAGUGUCUCUCGCCACGCGGCCCAAGCCGGCGGCGCCGGUGUCGCCCGCGCCGAAGCCACGGGCCAAGUCGACGGGCCGCAAGGCUCUGGGGGCCAAGGCGGCCGGGGUGGCGAAGAAGAAGGCGUCCCCGGCGGCGAAGAAGAAGACUCCGGCGAAGAAGACCCCCGCGAAGGCGACGCCGGCCAAGAAGGCGACCCCGGCGAAGAAAACGACGGCCAAGUCCGCAGCAUCUGUCAAGGCGGGCGCGACCAAGGCCUCCCCGGCCAAGGCGGCGCCUGCGAAGAAGGCCACGCCGGCGAAGAAGGCGACGCCGGCGAAGAAGGCGACGCCCAAGAAGGCGGACGCGGCCCUGAAGAAGACCAAGGGGGGCGGAGUGGGCAAAAAGACCAAGGCAACGCCCGCCAAGGCCGCGAAGGGCGGGAAGGCCGCGACGCCGAAGAAGGCCGGCGCGAAGAAGAGCUCCAGGGCCAAGAAGUGA